AUGACUAGCGAGGAAGGACAGGAAGGGAAGAUGAGAGCCGAAGGCAGCGAGAGACGAGGGGAGAUGGACGACUGGGUAGCGGCUCGAAGGAAAGAUGCCGAUCCUCACAGCAGCAAGGAGUACACGCGCUCGAUCCAGCUUAAGGAGAACCUCGUCAGCAUCACUGCCAAGAAGCCGCAGUACGGUGUUGUCCUCCUCAACAUUGUCGUCGCCAUUCUUCUUGACGAGUUCGUCUCGUCAGUGGAGGAGGAGAAGGCAGAAGUCCGACGACAAGCUGAGCUGAAGAUCAAAGCUCAGAUGGAUGAGGUCAAGAACCCCCUCGAGCCUCUUCUUGAGACCCUGAGACAUUUCAAGAGCGCACAAGACCUCCGCGACAAGAUUCUCUCGCUCUAUCAGGAGCUCAACGACGGGCUCUACAGGCUUCACUUCGACCCUCCCAUCUACCUCAGCGUCGACGACUUUGAAAACAUCACGGAGAACCGCUCGCUCUGCAACGCGCAGGGAGAGAUAGGGGAGGAGGACUUCUUGACUAUCAUCAACCAUCAGCUGAAGCAGCACAUCGAGCUCUGCCUCUCCGACAGCAUGGCAGAGGCGUCGCCGGUCUUGUCCAGCAUCAUGUCGUCCAUCAAACUGCUCAUGCUCUCUGUGGAUGAGAUCAAGACUGCGAAGCUUGAAGAGCUGAGACAGAACAGCUCGACUGGACAGCGAGGAGCUGCUGCGGUUAUGGAGGUGACGAGGAAACAAGAAGGCGAAGUGGAGAUGAAGGAGAACGAGACGGUGGCGGAGGAGAACGGGACGGAGAGCAAGGAGAACGGGGCGGAGGGGAAGGGAACAGAGCAGGGAGCUGAGGCGGAGGACCUCUCGAGCGCUAUGAAGAUUUUCGUGCAGAAGGUGAAGAUCCUCAAUGAGGUACAGGGGAAGUCAGUCGAGCUGAUUGAGUCGCUUCACCGCCACCUCGACUCCUUCCAGGACAAGCUCAUGGCCAGGUCCGUAGCCAUGCACACUUCAAAGGGGAAGCACGGGGCAGCCAGCGGGAGGUCCAAGGAACGCAGCAGCCAUCUUGAAAAGGGAGAGGAGCACAAUCACUCUGCGAGGACCAAAAGGUCUGUCUCCCCCCCCGACGCCUCCACCUUCCGCUCCCUCGAGCCGCAUCCAGGAGUUAGGAACCCCAUCGCAGGGCACGACAGGGUCAGCAGGUCAGCUGAACUGGCAGCCUCCACUCACAGACCGCAGCCCCGCGGGAGGAUGCGAGUGGAUCGCGAGGGGACUCCCCCGUCCAUCUUGUCUGUCCUUGCGGGCAGCAGGUCACCCUCACUGCGUGCCGACGUUGUGAACGCGUCCUCCCGCCACGGCUACAACGACGAGUUCAUCCGGAGCGCCAUCCAGGACCUUGGAAGAGCAUCUCCCCCGCAGGAGCGAGUUACUUCCCAGCAGAAAGAGCAGCUCAUCUUCGGGCAUCAGGAGAGCAGGGAGGGAUACUCGACCCUCGUGUCCCAGUCCUCUCGCUCCCCUGCCCUUCACCCUCGCCUACGGAUGCUCACGAAGGAACGGGAAGGUCUCAGGCCCCACGCUGAUCCGCUGCACAGCCCGAGAUGA